AUGACGAACAUCAUACAAAAUAGUGCUAUAAUUCUUGCCAAAGUCAUACAUAGUCAAACAUCAGCUCGUUCGUCCAAUAUGGAAAUAUUCUUACAGAAUGUUUGCAUUAAGGAGACAGAUAGGUAUAGAAAUAUAAAGCCAUUGAUGGGUCCAGUCCAUUCACUUAGUUGCUUGACACAACCAACAUCAGCAACACUUGGAUGA